CAGGAAGCUUCCUUUGGGCUUGGGUCUAUUGUGGCCUCCUGGCGUUCAGCACCGUCGUUAAUUUUCCUCCUCAAUUAGGCUUCUUGGCCCACAAGUAACCUCCCCAUGAGGUUGUAGCGCGACUUGUGGGUUAGGGUUUGAGGCCGACCCGUCUUGGUUUCUUUCCUCUGCUUGGGCUGAAACUUCUUCAUUGGGCUCCUCUUUAUUUUGCUGGACGAAUUACUCAUUGAUCUUUCGAUAAUUACCCCCCUUUGAUACUCCUAAAACACAACCUAGGUCUAUUACAAGCACAUUAGUCAUAUAUUUAUGAAUUCCUACAAAAUAUAGUAAAAUGUACUAAAAGAUACGUCGAUAGAAGAAAGAAUGUAUCAAAUAUGGUAAGCGACAAACACUAUGAUUUGUGCAUUAUCAACAAUCCAUCCGAUCAUCUACCUGUGAUGGAACAUUUGGAAGACAAUGAAUGAUAAGGUAUUCUGCAAUGUUGUCCCUUAGCCACCAAGCACAUGCACCAAUGCGUCUAGUGAUCUGCUAGAAUGGUCCACUUGCCCCUGCCCUCGCCAAACAUCUACCUCAGCAAACAUACCAGCUCAUCAGCCCCGUAAUCAACAUUUUCCACUGCCAAGCAAUCUCUCUAUUGAGAUUCACCGUGAUUGAUCAUUUUUAAACGAUUCUCAGGAGCCAGUUCAUGGUAUUGUUGUAUUCAAUAGUCAUGGUCAAGUUUGUAAUGCCAGAAUGGGUACCCUACUUUGUGCAAUAUCCAAUCGAGGUGAAAGCGUAGACAUCAAUUUGGCCACCCUAACAUGAACUGCGACUUAGAAAAAUAUAAUAUAGGAAAAUUAGGAUUUCAUAAUAAUACGAAUUAUUUUAAUCUUCUCAUUUGGAUUUCUAGUUUCGCUCGAGUGAGCAAGGACGGGACGGGACAGGGCAGCAGCGGGAGCCAGCCCUAGAGCUCGGGGGGCGCAGUAGCGGGCUUUCUUCGCUUCCUCUCCUCCGCCUAUCUUCGAUCCUUCCUGUUCCUGGUUUCACUUUUUUACAGUGUUCUCUUUCCAGUAGACAGGAUAAUAACAUACUGUUGUCAUUUUCCCAUAUUAUUUUACUUUCAAUCUCUCUCCCUCUGUUAACCUAAAAAUUGGGGAAAAUCCCAAUUUCAUCUCACAUCUAUGAACCCGGCCCUUUCUCUCUCUCUCUCUCAUUUAUCCGUGCUUGCUCUGCUCUGCUUUGCUAAGCUUUGCCUGUCUUCGCCGACAACCGCCAAAUCCCUCUGCAAUUCAAAGCCAUCCGUCUCUCUAUCUAGCUGCCCAUCUGCUUCCUCAUUUCUUUGUUUAAUUUUUCCAACCCCUCUUCUCCAGUUACAGUCCGUUAUUCCUGUCUCCUUACCUCAUCAAGGUUCGUAUUUUUUCUUUCUCUCCAUUAACACCAGACCCGGCAUUUCUUUUCGGGCGGGGCCCUAUCCAUGGGGAGUGGCGGCGCUUGGUUCAUGCCCUUGCUUCUAAACCCCUGGAAUUGAAUGCCUGCUUGUACCAAUUGGAUUGCAUUACAAUCAACUACUAAUUUGAUUCUCAUGUCUUCGAUCAAUUGGGGAGUUUUUCUGCUUACCUUUACAUUUCAUGUUGCCUUCUUUCGUUGUGGAGUGAGCCCUUCUACUUAGUUCCCCCACCCCGCCCCACCCCCAAAUUCGUUCUCUUUAGGGUUAGGUCAGAUGGCGCCCCUCUCCACUUGCGAUUUUAUCUAAUUUGCUAGCUGGGUAUUGCUUCCCCUCUUCCGUUCGUGUAGCUAAUGGGAAACUAACAUUUCUGAUGGUGGCGCAGUUAUGUCAACAUGCUGCUUUCUGCCACCCAUUGAUUGAUUACGCUACUGGAUUUACAUUAGAGUUUUGAAUUGUUGGUAUGCUGCAAUGAUUCAAUCUUUGAAAUAAGCAGUUGGUAAUGCAGAUGUUGUCGAUUUUUUUUUUUAAUAUUCGCAGAAGUUGUCAAAUUUGAAGUUAGAGAGUGUCACAGCAGGGGUGGUCUAGCCAACUGACUAGUGGGACGGUGUAUUUUUGUGCAAAAAUGGGUAGAAAUGUGGGCUGGGUUUCAGACUGACUCAAACUAUGGCCUGAGUUGUACUAAGUCGAAUCAUAUCUCUUCAUGCAAUGUCACUCUUAAAGCUGGCAUAAAUCCAUCAACUAGUACUGAAAGGAUGUUAGCUUCUUUGGAUUAUAUAUCGAGUUCAUUGAGAUACUUGCUGCUAGGAAGAUAACAAUAAAGCCGAGGGUGUAGUAGGGAGGAUGGAGCUUCCUCUGAGGUUCUUUAUUCAUAUCCCUUAUGAGGAAAAAGUUACAAAGAGCUGUGGUUAAGUUCCUCCAAGGUUCAAGUUUAACAUCUUCUUAUGCUCUGACAUGGCUGGAAUCAUAAUUAGGACUUGGAACUUGUCUUUGCUAAAAUUCUAUUUCCUUAACUCUUGUUUUGGACUGUGAGCUUUGUUGAAGUGGGAACCUGUAUAGCAUUGAAUUGAAAGUUGUUGGCUUGUGCUUUUUAGUACAUGUUUGGAUGAUGUACCCAUAUAUCUAGGUUCCACAGAGUGCUGCUUCUCUGAUUAAUUGUAGAAGGAAUGUGCUGUGCUACAAUCUGUUGGAGCAUUUACUUCUUUAACUAUCUACGCUGCAUUCUCAUGGGUGCAUAUUGUGCAUGAAUUUUUUUUUGUGCUAUCCCACUAAUGUUCUGUGUUGCCUUUUUAUCUUGUAUACACCUUUACAGGGAAUACUUAAAAAAAACUAACAAUCACUGUGGAGUUCGCUCAGUUGAAUGACGUUUUGGCUACUUAUUGGAUUCAGAGGGGAUGAGCCUGCCAUUUGUUGGAGCUGUAUGUGUCUAUUGAGUGUGGCGUGUACCUUGCCUUAAGCUUUUAGCAGCAGAGGUCAUUCAAUUUUCAUCUCGGUAUUUAAACAUUAUUCUCAAAUGUCAGAAGUUGACAUGGCAGUCAUCAAACCAGAGGUAUGCUUUUGCUACUUUUCUGUCAGUUAUUCCAAGGAAGCUACUGGGAUCUUUUUGAACAGGCAAACAAUUCAUUUUCGAACUUGUAAUUGUUUAUUUAUUUGAGUGAGCUUGGACUUCUAAAUGUGUGUUUGGGCAUUUGGCUAUUUAUCGUAUUGCUUUGUGUCUCGAUUUUUUUGUUUGAGCUGCAUUAAUGCCAUCUUGUGCCUAAAACUUUCACCAUGUCCGCUACUGUUUCAUAUGUACAGUGGGUAUAACCAUGAAUCUUAUAUUUUUAUUGCAUCGGUGUUCUGGUAUUGUGUUUGGAACACCUACUUUAUAUUGUUCUAUAGGACUCGUCCGAAAUCUUGUAUCUUUUUCGGUGAACAGGUUUGAUUGAUAGUUGACCGUGAUCUCAACUUGUGGUGCUUUGCUCUGGAUUUUACAGAUGAUGAAGUCAUAUAUUUGGCUUCAAACUGCUGAUGGUUCGAUUCAACAAGUGGAACAAGAGGUUGCCAUGUUUUGUCCCAUGAUAUGCCACGAAAUAAUACAGAAGGGCAUGGGAUCAUCGAAGAAUUAUGCCAUAUCUCUUCCACAACGCGUCAGUCCUGCCAUGUUGAGUCUGAUUCUUGACUACUGUAGGUUUCAUCAAGUACCGGGUCGCUCCAAUAAGGAACGGAAAAGUUUUGAUGAAAAGUUCAUUCGAAUGGAUACAAAAAGGCUUUGUGAGUUGACAUCAGCUGCUGAUAGCCUCCAGCUUAAGCCUUUGGUUGAUCUAACUAGCCGAGCCUUGGCACGGAUUAUUGAAGGGAAAACCCCCGAGGAGAUACGCGAGAUAUUUCAUUUGCCAGAUGAUCUGACCGAGGAAGAGAAGUUGGAGCCUUUGAAAAACACAACUGAUGAUCCCCGGAUUCGACUUUUGAAUAGAUUGUAUGCAAAGAAGAGGAAAGAGCUAAAAGAAAGGCAGAAACAAAAGAACAUCGAGGUGGAAGAAGAGCGUGUAGAUGAGCGAUCAGUUGAUGACCUCUUGUCAUUUAUUAAUGGAGAAAACGCAGAUUCCAAAGGAGUUACAACUUCAAAAAACAAAAAGAAAAAUCGCCGGAGAAAGGAUCCUCAAAAGAGCACUUCCAUUGACCAUGCUACUGAAUCGCCUAAAAAGGGUUCAAAUGGGUUGGGUUGUUUAGGCACUGGGGGUGAUAAUGAAUCACAUUCUACACUGAGCGAAACAUCGAAAUUGCAAGAUGUAGAAGAUGACAUUUUUUAUCAUAAAGUGGAGCUUGACGAUGUUGAUAUUGAUGAUGAGAUUGAUCCCGCAUUAAAGGAGGAAAUUGAUAGGUGAGCUUUUCAGAAUUUCAGUUCAAUUAGUUCUUACUCAUUAUGUUGUGAUGCAUGUCAUGAAAAUUGCUGAUGCUGUGGAGCUGAUCUACCCCUUUCAGUUGUGUUGGUAUUGGUUGAGUUGGAAUUGGAUGAUUUCAAUUUUGCAUCUAUAAACCCUGUUUAGGAUAGGUCCCCCUCCAAAACUCCUGAAAGUUGAAAUGAUGCAACUGGUGCAGGCAUUAAUCAUUUGAAUUUUGCAGGUCGCAGCUCUUAGUGUUGGAUGAGUUUGGCUUUGUAGGGUUUAUGGAACUCAGUAUAGUGUCAUCCAAUCAUCUAUCCAUACCAGUAUGGCUCCAUCACAAAUAUUUCUGUGAUGUUGCAGGAGUGCUUGAAUACUGUUGCAUGUUCCUUUAUACUAUUUUAUGUGUUGUGAUAUCAGAACGGUGUGUUUUCCCUUUGGUGCUUGUCCCCCUGCAUCUAUGUACUGUUUGUGCUUCUUGGGAUUCUCAUGUCUGCACACCUUCCAUUCAGGGAGGUGGAAGAUUUUGCGAGGAGAUUGAAUUCAGACUGGCCUGAAAGGAUGCAGGAGCUUCUGUCUUUGGGUCAAGAGAAGAGCCCUGUUCACUUUUCCAUUAAUGGCAAUGGUAGCUUGAGAAAACACCAAAGUAUGUGCUCUGUAUCUCUUUUGCACUUGUCAGAUGAGUUUAUUCCUUCUUUUUUACCGUUUUGAAUCCCGUCUAGGAGAUCGAUGGUUGAGAAGUGAAGUAACUGAAAGUAUGUUAUUGGGUGGGGAUGGCAGAUGAAGAGCAAAAAUGAGAUUCAAUGGUAACUGCUGCUGCUAUUGCUUCCUCCUCAGUCGGGCAAAUGACUGGACCAAUUUUGACGAAAGAAAGACGGUGCGGGCUAGAUGUCGUACCCAAUGGUGCCGAGAGGAGCUGGUUGUUUGUCAUAUCUUAUGUGGGCUGAAGCUGGAUAGGGAUCCCUGUGCAAGCAAAUUCCUGAGAGAAUCAAAAUUUCAGGUUGUGAUGAUUUUUUUAUUCUUUUUUUUUUAAUUUCUCUGGUGAAGGAAAGAUGAACUAGAGGAUGAAGGGGAAAGAAAAGAAGAAUGUGCUUAAUUUUUGACCGUUGAGGCAGAUUUAAAGAAAGAAAAAAACAACUUGUACUUCUCACAGGGAGCAAUAAAAGCUUGAGAGAUAAGAUGAUGAUUGAUCAGGUUUCUUUGGUUCAGCCCAAGCAGCCGGCUUUGUUAAGAAAAACAAUUUUCAGGUGACUUCGUACAGUAAAAGGGUAGAUAGAUUAGACCGUCUUUCUUGUCCUUUGUUUUUCUUCCUCUCAUUGAAAAAUUUUAGGGGGGAUUUUAUUGUAAUCUGAACUUGAUAGUGCAACAGUAUUGGAUGGCUUAGGAACAAGGUAAUAUGAGAUUACGGUUGUAGGUUUGGUGUUGCCCUUCAAUAGAAAUGAACUUUCUUUCUGAUGAUUCAACUGAUCCAGGGAGACCAGACCACUCGUUCCCUCAAUAGCUCUCUGCUGUAUGCCGAUCUCUUCACCAACCUUUGUUUCGUAUCCUUGAAAAUGUACCAUACCGACGACCCCUAAACCACACGCCGAUUAAACUCCACUCGUCGGAUCACAAUUCUUGUGCUCGGAAAGAGCUACCUGAUCCAGAUUCCAGAGCAGAUCCCUUUGAUGCCAUGCAAAAAACUGCUCAGUUGGCCACAAGGCAAUAUAAACUUUAGUAAGUUUGAAUAAUCUCACAAAGAAAACGGACCCCGAAAACGAUUUAAGUUGGCUCCUUCUAGCUAGUUAUGCUACAAAUUUAAAGUUCUCUUUCUACACUACAGCCUUUGUCACGGUUCCUGCUAAGCUACAAAUAUUACAAGCUUUCUUCUCCUCUCUACAGCUUACAAAAGAUCCCCAAAAGAGCCCAUGACCAAACGGGGUAAAGAAAACCUUAAAACUUUC